AUGGCGUCCUCAACUCUCCCCAGCACUAUGAAAGUGGUCCAUCAGCCCGAUCCCAACUCAAUUCGUCUUGUCCUCGAGGAGGCGCCUCUACCUGUCAUCUCCCGCCCAGACGAAUGUCUCGUCCGCGUGCAUACUACUACUCCGUGUCCAGGCGAACUCCAUUGGGAGGUCUGGUUCCCGUCCCUCUUUGCGCCUGGCCGCGAGAGAGUUCCUUGCACUGAAGCCGCUGGUGUCAUUGAGAAAAUCGCCGAAAGUGACGAGGGUCGCGCCUCAAACUUCAAAGUCGGCGACGAAGUAUUCUUCCGCGUUGAGCCGUCUCAAACCGGACAUCUUCGCCAGUAUACUCUAGCACGACUUUCACAAAUCGCACAUAAAGCCAAGAACGUCGGGUGGGUAGAAGCCGGAGCGAUGCCAUUGAGCUCUUUAACCGCCUGGCAAGGCGUUUUUCAACACGGAGUCCUAGACGACAAGGCCAUCUUUGGGGACGAGACAGCUCGCAAAAAGAAUGGCAAACUUCGGGUGCUUAUAACGGGAGCUUCGGGUGUAGUGGGCGGCCUGGCAGUGCAGUUUGCAUCUCUCGCUGGAGCUGGCCACAUCGUUGCCGUUGCUGGCGGGAAUGCUAGCGAGCAUGUCAAGAAGCUGGGUGCCACGGAGCUAGUUGACUACAAGAAGCAAAGUGUUUUAGAAUGGGUUACGAUAAGUCCUUCUGAGCGUGAGGUCGACGCUGUUUUUGACUGUGUCGGCGGAUCUACACUUUCGGCAUGCUGGUCCGCCGUCAAGGAAGGCGGUGUUUUGCUGAGCAUCACCGGUGAUCCACAGCAGGCAAAGCCGGAAUCUGUCACCAAGAAGCUUGCGGAGGCGAAGUGGUUCCUUGUUGAGCCGAAUGGUAGCCAACUCGAGGUUAUUUCUAAGCUGCAGGGAGAAGGCAAGUGUGCUACCAAGGUGGAUAGUGUGGUUGACUUGGCAAAUUUCCAAGAAGCGUUUGACAAGGUUGAAAACAAGACUGCCAAUGGGAAGGUGGUCAUUAAAGUACAUGGCUAG